AUGGGUGUUACUGUUGCGAGUCUGUUGAUUAUCACUACCACAAUCUGUUGCAUUAGAAGAAGACAUUUACGAGGCCGUCACAACCUAAACGUCGAGACAUUUCUACUCCAGCACGGAUCUCUGGCUCUCAAGCGCUAUAAAUACACCGAAAUCAAGAAAAUGACCAAAUCCUUGAGCGAGAAGCUAGGACAAGGAGGAUACGGCAGCGUGUACAAAGGAAAGCUACCUGAUGGCAUCCUUGUCGCAGUCAAGCUUUUGACCGAUACAAAUAGCAACGGAGAGGAGUUUAUUAACGAAGUCGCCAGCAUCAGCAGGACUUCCCACGUCAACAUCGUCAAUCUCUUGGGUUUUUGCUUCGACACACAAAAGAGAGCUUUGUACAUUUCUCACGGAUCACUCCAACGCUUGGAUAUCGAAACACUUUAUAAGAUUGCAAUUGGAGUAGCCAAAGGCCUCGAGUAUCUGCACACGGGCUGCAACGCCAGGAUUGUUCAUUUCGACAUCAAGCCUCAGAACAUUCUUCUCGACCAAGACUUUUGUCCGAAAAUCUCCGACUUUGGGUUGGCUAAACUGUGCAAGAAGAAGCAGAGUUUGGUGUCCGUGCUUGGGACGAGAGGCACGCCUGGGUACAUUGCUCCCGAAGUCUUCUCCAGAAAUUUCGGAGGAGUUUCGCAUAAAUCGGAUGUUUAUAGCUACGGGAUGAUGGUUCUUGAGAUGGCUAGAGCAAACGCUCUCGUCGUUCGCCAAUCCAAUAUGACCCAGUCGAGCGAGAAUUAUUUUCCUGACGGAAUUUACGAGCGUGUAAUAGAUGAUGUUACUAAUGGUAUUACCACACAUGAAGACAUAACUUCUCAGAAAAUGCUUUUGGUAGGAUUUUGGUGCAUUCAAACAAACCCAUCGGCCAGGCCUUCUAUUUCCAUGAUUGUGGAGAUGUUAGAAGGGAGUUUUCAAUCGAUACAGAUUCCUCCUAAGCCGGUCUUGUUUACUCCUGCUCUGCCCGUCUUACAAGUUUCCUCGUCAUUUUCGUCAUAUGUUGAGACGGCAGAGCAUUCGGCUCAAGCUGCAGUUUCAAGCAUAGGCGCAAAGAUGUAA